CGAAUAAGAUUCAUAGACAGGAGGUGGAGCUGAGCGCAGGAGGAUCUCCCUCUCCCCAGCAGCAGCAGCAGCCGGCACACAACUGACACCAGGACAAGGGGGCCAUGGCUCGCCGCUCACCUUCCCCCUUCCAGGUAGGGAUCUUCCCCCAACCUUUGGGAUAAAGCCAAGGCUCCCGGCUGCCAUGGGGAGGCUGGAAUUUUAAGGAGGAAGCUCGGUUGCCAAGUCCUGCUUUUCCUUCCUGGUCCCAAGCGAGAUAAAGGUGGAAGAGCGGCAGGUGGAGGAGACAGGUGGAGGAGACCAACGCCAUGGAGGAGACCAAAGACAAGAGCCGAGGGUCCAACGACAAGAGCCGAGGGUCCAACGACAAGAGCCAUGGGUCAAACGACAAGAGCCAUGGGUCCAACGACAAGAGCCAAGGGGGGUCCAACGACAAGAGCCAAGGGUCCCACGAAAAGAGCCAAGGGUCCAACGACAAGAGCCAAGGGUCCCACGACAAGAGCCAAGGGUCCAACGACAAGAGCCGAGGGGGGUCCAACGACAAGAGCCAAGGGUCCCACGAAAAGAGCCAAGGGUCCAACGACAAGAGCCAAGGGUCCAACGACAAGAGCCAAGGGUCCCACGACAAGAGCCAAGGGUCCAACGACAAGAGCCAAGGGUCCCACGACAAGAGCCAAGGGUCCAACGACAAGAGCCGAGGGGGGUCCAACGACAAGAGCCAAGGGUCCCACGAAAAGAGCCAAGGGUCCAACGACAAGAGCCAAGGGUCCAACGACAAGAGCCAUGGGUCCAAGAAACUGUUCCGGAGCCGCUCCUUGAAGUCGGUGGGGAAUUUCAUGCACAGGAUCCUGAGAACUUUGAGCAGUUUGUCCCACCUGGGAGAUGGCGAGAGGGGCCACCCUGACCCGGCGGGGGACGACGACGGGGGCUUCAGGCGGAAGGACCACCCCCCCGGAGAACUCGGCAGAGGGGUCCCUCAAGAGGAGACCAGGGUGGUGCAAGGAGGGGACAGCAACAAUAACCUGGGCAAGGGUCAGGGGCCGCCCCGGGGCCAGGAGGUGCCCAACUGGAGCUUGGAGGACAAGGUGCCCGGGGUGCUGGGGCUGAAGAACCACGGGAACACCUGCUUCAUGAACGCCGUGGUCCAGUGCUUGAGCAAUACGGAUCUCCUGGCGGAGUACCUGGGGAUGGAGCAGUACCGGACGGAGCUGGGCAGAGCGAAGGUCAAUGGGUUGGUGCAGAAGGACCCGGCGGGGGAAGCGCCAGCUAAUGGGUGCCAAGGGGAAGUCACCGAGAGGCUGGCCUCUCUAGUCAGGGCGCUGUGGACCUUGGAGUACACCCCUCAGCUAUCCGUGGAGUUUAAGAACGCCGUCUCCAAAUACGGCUCCCAGUUCCGGGGGAACUCGCAACACGAUGCCUUAGAGUUUCUGCUGUGGCUGCUGGACCACGUCAACGAAGACCUGGACGCCUCUUCGGGACAGAAAGCCAAGCCUGCCAAGCCUCCGGUCUCUGAGCAGAGCAGCCUCAGCUCCUCGCCCUCCUCCUCCUCGCAGGCAGAUGGAGGUCACAGCUUUGUACAGGAACACUUCCAGGCUCAGUACAGAUCAUCGCUCACCUGUCCGCACUGCCACAAGCAGAGUGACACAUUCGACCCUUUCCUCUGUGUCUCCCUGCCCAUCCCCCUGCGACAGACCAGGGCCCUGAACGUCACUUUAGUAUUCCAGUCUCAGCAGCAGCGCUUCCUGCGCGUUGGUUUGGCCGUUCCGUUAUUCGGCACUGUGGCAGCUCUGCGGCAGAUGGUGGCCGAUCUGGGCAAGAUACCCGCCGACCAGGUCCUCCUGGCCGAGGUGUACGCCAGCGGAUUCCAAAGAUCCUUCUCAGACGAUGAAGACAUGAACAGCAUAGCAGAAGGUGACCCAGUCUAUGCCUUCCAAGUUUCCCUUCCGUUACCCAAGGCUCCCGGUUCUUGUAGGACCUCAGGUUACCCCCACAGCCUUCCCUCUUCUCCCCGCAACUUUGACACAAAUGCAACAAGGUUACCCGGAGGAGGAUCCGUCUCCUCGGAGUUCCUGGCCUCCAGCUCCAAGCUUCUCCUGCUCCUGUGCAACCUGGACGGGACGGGGAAACAGGCCCCGAGGUUUGGCCCUCCGCUGGUCCUGAGGGAAGACCGGACCGUAAGUUGGGAUCAGCUGCAGCAAAACAUCCUGGCGAAGACCCAUUACUUGAUGAGGAGUGAGGCACACUUACCUAGUGGCGGCGUCCUCUUUCACAUUCGUGUGGGGGCUCCGGACAGCAACUGCUACUUAUCUGCCAAGGACGCGCGACCGCUUCAACACGCCGCCAUCGACAGGGCUCUGCAGCUCUGUGGAAGUGGGGGGCCACCUCAUGUCAAGCUGGCUGUGGAAUGGGACUCCAAAACCAAAGAGAGACUUUUUGGGACCAUCCAGGAGGAGGUGGUGAAAGAUGACGAGUCGGUGAGGACACAGCAGUUGGACCACCAGCAGCAGAAUUGCACGUUGGAUGAGUGCUUCCAGCUCUAUACGAAGGAGGAGCAGUUGGCCCUUGACGAUGCCUGGAGGUGCCCUCACUGCAAAGUAUUACAGCAAGGAACGGUCAAGCUAAGCCUAUGGACCAUCCCGGACAUCCUUAUUAUCCACCUGAAGAGGUUCCGGCAGGUGGGCGGACGGAGGAAUAAACUGUCCACUUUGGUCAGGUUCCCUCUCUAUGGGAUGGACAUGACGCCCCAUGUGGUCAAGAGGGGCCAGGGAAGCAAAGGUCCCGCAGGACAGUGGUCUUCGUGGAAGAUGGACGGGGGUCCGACGGACGUCUUGUAUGACCUGUACGCCGUGUGUAAUCACCAUGGGAGCUUACAGGGGGGACACUACACAGCCUACUGCAGGAACUCAUUGGAUGCUCGAUGGUACGGUUAUGAUGACAGUAACGUGGAAUUGGUCCAGGAGGAUGAGGUCUGCACCCGGGGGGCUUAUCUGCUGUUUUACCAAAAGAGGAACGCCAUCCCCGCCUGGUCUGCCAGCAGCUCCGUAAGAGGAUCUUGCACUGUCAUUACAGGUUCCACAAGUUCCUCCAUGUCGGACCACUGGGUCCUUCGGCUGAAUGGAAGCAAGAGAGAGAGCUUGGCGUCUCAUGCUACUACCAACUGCUUACCGCCUCCCCAAAGUCCAGACUCUGUGGUCUUCCUAGAGGAGGAGGACUUGGACCAAGGUUGUGGCACAAAGUCUUUUGUCCGCGGGGUCAAGGGUCGUAGUGCCAGCAUGAAACUGACGUCUGCUUCCAAAAUAAAGCGGAGCCUCAGUAAGGCGAUGCCACUCCGGUGGUCAUUCGGAGCAAAGGAUAAGGCAAAGCCCAAGACUGGUGAGCUGGUGGAAUAUUUACAAUCUGGCCGUCGGCCGAAGUACACAAAUGAUUCUAUUGUGCCAUUGAUGACCAACACUGACAAGCCAACCAGUGGACCUCAGCCAAAGGCCAACCAUGUGAAUACUCAUGGUGCCAAUGAAAUCAACUCAGCCAGUGGUCAAUCAAGACCAGCAAAGACGGAUACUUCAGAUGGAAAGCUUCGAGAUAAAGUGAGCCGCCAAGAUAGCAGUGCCGUGACUGAGAAAGGAGACGGGCCUUUCCAAUCCCAACACAGGACUAUGGGUGUAGACGGUCCAGCGCCUUUCGACUCUGUCGAAAAGGGAAAAGCAAAUUUAGGUAAAAAGGGAGAUGGAAACCAAAGAAUCCUUACUAAAGACGGCAACAGGCCAAGAACCUCAGACCCUGGACCUCAGGAGGAGAAGUCGGCAAAGUCUAGGCCUACUGGUCUACCGAAGAAAGAGUCCAGGAGGCCGAGCACAUCGGACAACAUUAAAACUGACCUCCAUGCCAGGACAACCAGGACGUCUCUACCCAAUGGGGUGGUUUUGGAUGGGAGGACUAGUGGCACCAUGCCACGUCGCCAGAAAGAGGACCAUACCCCUAGCAAAGCUCAAAUGGACAUCAGGAGAGCCCAUAGCUCAACCAACGUCCAGAAUAAGGUGGAGUGGACUAUGAAGAGGUCUACCUCCCUGUACAAGAACGGAAGUGCGCCUCACCAAGGUGCCAGGCAGGCGGCGGCAGAAAAAUCGUCCUCCGGUACGCUUCAGAGAAUGAGAUAUCAGACUUCCUCCCUAGGAAGGAAUAAAUCGGUGCCUGAAUCCAGCUUCUAGCAGUGCCCUUAUCUCCCUUGUGCCGCCUUUAUGACAAUGACUGUAAUAGGAGAACCUGGCGUACUUUGAUGCUCACGCUGGCGGUCCUCGGUGGGCAUUUGGGAUCUCGUAUUUAUUGUAUUAAAGAACAGAAUAUUGCAGGUUUGUUCCCCGCCAUGUCUCCACGGCUGUACCCGGACCCCACCCGAGAAAUCCCUACAUCUGACAGCAAAGAACUGAGCUACUGUUGUCACCAGCCUGAGUGAGCGCUUCCUACACAGUAUAAAGGGGGGGGGGGUGGUAUGGCCUUCCAUCCAGUCGCGUAGCGUGGGUUGUCAGCGCCAGGGGCGAGGCAAGUAAUUUGCGCCCCCCUGACCCAUUGACUUACCUAUUUACAGCUAGCUUCAGUCUGGUCACAUGAUCCACUGUGUGAGACAGCAAGGGCUGUAGGGAAGAGGAGAG